AUUGAUUUCAAAAAAUGAUUUGAUGAAUCAUUUUUUGGAUGCUCAUAAAUGAUCAAUUAGAACAUCGUAAAUCGUACUUCUCAUUGAUGAUCGUUCAUGAAUAUUACGUCUUGUUUUCGAACAAAAUAUUAUAAAUCAUUGAAAUUAUGAUUUUUUAAAUAUCGUCUAUUAUAAUAUAUACCAACGAUAUGUAGUACAAUAUUAAUUGUAAAUUGUUGAUAUACAAUUUUUAUACUUUUGCACUCCUGGAUGUAAUCGCAAAGUAUUAACGUGGUUAGGGCAAGGUUAUGAAACGAUUUAUUAUUUAAUAACUGUUUAUUUUACGAUCAUUCAAUUACAAUAAGGACAAUGCGAAAUUUUGUGAGCGAUAUUGUAAUUUGCUUAUUGCUACUACUUUCAGUGAGCCUGGUAUUUGGAGUUAGCGAAGUUAUCAAAUCUUUUGUGAACACUGGAGAACAAUUUUUUAAGUCUUCCUCUUAUGAUUGGAUUAUCAGAUUAUGUUUAAAUUUAUUAAGUUAUGCUACUGUAUUAUUGCCAGGUUGCCUUAUCUAUAAAUACGUACGUCGUACCAAAUAUAUUCAAAGGGGAGGUAAAGGAUGCAUUCCUAGGCUGGUACAUUCAUGCUUUGUGGGUCAUUGCGAGACAGGACUUUUGGACUCUUCUUAUACAAGUACACCAUCUAAUCAUAAUCAGCGUACUUUUUUCCAAGAAGCUCUAUUACUUCUGUAUUGUUUUUUUGGAUUACUAAUUAGCUUUUUAACAUGGGGUUAUUUGCAAGAGAAAAUAAUGACCCAGGAAUAUGUAAAUGCUGCUGGUAACAAGGAUCGUUUCCAAGAUUCUCAAUUUUUAGUGUUUGUAAAUCGAAUUCUUGCAUUUCUGAUGUCAGGAUUGUAUUUAAUUGUUCAAAGACAGCCUCAACAUAAAGCACCACUUUACAAAUAUGCAUUUUGCUCUUUAUCAAAUAUCAUGAGCAGUUGGUGUCAAUAUGAAGCUUUAAAAUUCGUUAGCUUUCCAACACAGGUAUUGGCAAAAGCUUCUAAAAUAAUUCCAGUGAUGAUAAUGGGAAAAAUAAUUUCGCAUACUACAUAUGAGUACUAUGAGUAUGUUACAGCUGUACUUAUUUGCAUUGGAAUGACAUUGUUUAUGUUAGAUAAUUCCGAGUAUAGAAACGAUGGAGCUACUACUGUCUCUGGUACUAUUCUUCUAGGAGGGUACUUACUAUUAGAUAGCUUUACGAGUACCUGGCAGAAUGCAUUAUUCGUGGAAUAUGGCGCAACGAGCGUACAAAUGAUGUGUGUAGUUAAUAUGUUUUCCUGUUUAUUAACCGCGAUGUCCUUAUUACAGCAGUCGAGUUUUCCUCUCAUACUUUCUUUUAUGACAAAGUACCCUGCAUUCAUCAUGGACUGUUUACUCAUAUCAAUUUGUUCAGCUAGCGGCCAGCUAUAUAUUUUUUAUACAAUUUCUAAAUUUGGGCCAGUGACAUUUGUGAUCAUGAUGACUCUUCGGCAGGGUUUGGCUAUACUGUUAUCCUGUUUGAUAUAUCAUCAUCGUGUAACAGCUAUCGGCGUAAUAGGCAUAUUAUUAGUAUUUGGUUCGGUGUUUUUACGAAUAUACUGUAAUAAUCGAUUACGUGCUAUUAGAAGACGCAGAGCAGCGGCAAAUAGUAUAAAAGAUUAAUUAUAAAAAAAUUAGAACGUAUAGUUGCAAAUUUUGCGAGAAUUCGUAUGUUUUCUUUUUUGAAUGCAUACAUAUUUUAUUAAGUAUUUUUGAUUUUAAACCAUUAAUAUUUUCUAUAAAGUAUUAAGAAUGUUGUUUUAACAUUUGUUUUUAUGUGUACUUUACAGUCUCGAUAAUCCAACCAUUUAUUCGUAAAUGUUUACUUAUAAUAUCUACUAAACAUGAUCAAAUUAGAAAUAUGUAUUAUUUAUUUAAGAAAUAUUUAUUUUAUUAUAAAUACUAGUUGUAAAUACAAUGUACAAUUGCAUACUUUAAAAAAAAAGACAUUAAUAAGAAAAGAAACAGAUCUUAAAUUAAGUAGUAUAGCUACAGAUCAUAUCAAUUUCUAAAAUAAAUAAACAUUAAUUUAGUAUCUAGGAAUACUUUAAAGGGUAUGAAAAUGAAAAACAAG